UUCCAGUCAGGCAGCCAAUCAAAUUCAGGUAAACAUGCAGCCGGCAUCCAUCAGCCAGUCACCAUUAGCAACACAGAGAUUGCAGCAAGCUAGCCAAUCACAGUCUGUGUCUCAAAGGCUGAAACAGCUUGGAAUACAUACGAGCAUAGGUUCCAGAAACAACACACCAACAGCUAGUCCUGUUAUAUCACAACCCCCAAUAGCACAGCUAUUUGGUAGCCCACCAUCAUCAGCGGGUGGGGCUCAGAUCUUACCCCAGCAGCAAGCAGCAGGCACUAGAACCCCCACACAUACCCAAACACCCACACCUCCACCCUCAAUAGUAUCACCACCUCCGCAGACUCUAGGGCUGGGCAGGAAGUCGAGCCUCACUGCAGAAUCCUCCACUAUACACCACAUGCCACAAACCACACACCAGGCAAAUGUUGGCAGUAUUGUACAAGGAGAGAACACAACCCCAGCCUCUACCAGCAUCAGUCAUCAACCUCAAGGUGUUGCCAAUAUCAACAUUGCCAACAUUACAGGUAUACCACCUAACAUCAACAUUCAGAAUCUCACUGGUCUGCCGGGUAUGAAUAUUGCCAAUCUACAGGGUCUACAAAACAUGCAGGUGUCCCUCUCUUUACCUGGUGGCAGUAUAGCUGUUCCUAUCAGUAUGAUAAACACUAACUCAGCUGUGUUACAGAACCAGCAGGGAAUUCUUGGUGUUUCUUCUGGCGGUACUUCAUCCUCAAACACACCUAGUGGUGUGACAACAGUAAUGUCGGUAAAUCCAGGUCAGUCUUCUGUUGUUUCCAUGGUAACACAGUCAACAGCACAACCACAUUCUGUGGCUACAACAUCACAUGUUGUCACAGGUGUCAUAACACAGCCAAGUAACGUGAUACCAGGUACCAGUAUGUUGUCAGUACCAAUUAACCUGGCUGGUACACCACUGGUACCAGCUGGUCUCAAACCUGCCAGUCAGACAAUAAGGAGUUCCUCUUCAAUACCACUACAGUUACAGUUUGGUCAGCAUGGCAUACAGUUUGUGAAUUUGCAACAACAGGCAAGGCCACAAAUGAAGGCAGGUUCAAGUCUACAACAAAACCAGACCCUUACACAAGUAGGGGUUAAACCUUCAACUUCCAUACAGGGUCCUCUAACAACAGCAAUAUUACCCACUCAUGGUCCUGGGCAGCAUGUGUUGUCCCAGAUCCCUGUGGGUAAGAGUGGUGGCCCAGCAGGUGGUAUUACAACAACAUUAACCCAUCAGCAGUUGGUACAACUACAGCCUCAGUUCCAGGCACAGCUACAGGCAUUCAAGAAUCCCAGUCAGGCACCCCAGCAGCAGCUGCAGUUUCACCAGAUACUGAAACAACCGGCAGUACCCACACAACCUAACAUUACAUUUGGUGGCAAACCUAAAAACAAGAAACGAACUACUCCUACUCCACCAAAAUAACAAAUAUAUAUUAACCAUUAAUUUUAGUUCACAAGAUGCUGAGUGGUCUAGUGAUACAACAGUCAACAGAUCUUUGAAAAUGCAGAAUUGUUUGAAACAGAUUUAUUUUACUGUAGGCCUUAAAAAAUUUCUGUGUCAAAUUUUUUUGUUAUAACAAUGAUUUGAUAACAUUGUCUGCAUGGACAUACAAAAUGAAAGAAAACUGGAGAGGCAUUAAUUUCCAGUGAAAUGGAUGUUUUAUAUAUUAGCAACAAUGUCCUGUGACUAGAAUAGAGAAGCUUUCAGGCUUUUACUUCGAUGUGACAUUUAGGUUAUUUAUCAGUUUUUCAUGUCUGUCACAAGUAUCUGUUUAAAUCUGGAGUUAAAAUGGAUUUAAAGUAGAUUUAUGUAAGAAACAAUGGAUAAUAAAUGGAAGAUGUGGGCAUUCAUUUUGUCAGAUAAUCUGAGUGUUUUGCCUUAAAUAUAAGCAGAUUUUGCACAGCAAUAUAAGAGAACGUGAAUAAAGUACACGUUCUCAUUUUAAUAAAAUUGUUAGUAGGUAUUUUUUAAUACUUGUAUAAAGCUAUACUUUAGCAUACUGUUAUAUGUUACUGUGAUAAAGAAUUGUAAAUAAAGUAUUGGUAUGUCUAA